GGGACGCCGGCGCGCUGCGGCCUGCCCCGGGCCUUGAGGCCGCCGCUAUGGAGGGGCCUGGCGCGGCGGCGGUGGGCGCCGGCCCCGGCGGCAGUAACGUCCCCGCUUUUCUCACCAAGCUGUGGACCCUGGUGGAGGAUCCCGACACCGACUCGCUCAUCUGCUGGAGCCCGAGUGGAAGCAGCUUCCAUGUGUUUGACCAAGGCCAAUUUGCCAAGGAGGUGCUUCCAAAGUACUUCAAACACAACAACAUGGCCAGCUUCGUACGGCAGCUCAAUAUGUAUGGCUUUCGGAAGGUUGUCCACAUUGAGCAGGGAGGAUUGGUCAAGCCGGAGAAAGACGAUACGGAAUUCCAGCAUCCCUACUUCAUCCGAGGCCAGGAACAUCUCCUGGAGAACAUCAAGAGGAAAGUAACCAGCGUGUCCAGUAUAAAGAACGAGGAUAUAAAGAUUCGGCAGGACAACGUCACCAAGUUACUGACGGACAUCCAGGUGAUGAAAGGAAAGCAGGAGAGCAUGGACUCCAAGCUGAUAGCCAUGAAGCACGAGAACGAAGCGCUGUGGAGGGAAGUGGCCAGCUUGAGGCAGAAGCACGCGCAGCAGCAGAAAGUGGUCAAUAAGCUUAUCCAGUUUUUGAUUUCAUUGGUGCAAUCCAACCGUAUCCUUGGGGUGAAGAGGAAGAUCCCCCUGAUGUUGAACGACAGCAGUUCAGCACAUUCCAUGCCGAAAUACAGCCGCCAGUACUCCCUGGAGCACGUCCACGGCUCGUCCCCCUACGCAGCUUCUUCCCCAGCAUAUAGUGGCUCCAACCUGUAUUCCCCGGAUUCUUCAGCCAACUCCGGUCCCAUUAUCUCUGACGUGACCGAACUGGCCCAGUCCAGCCCCUCAGCAUCUCCCAGCGGCAGCCUCGACGAAAGGAGUAGCCCUGUGGUCCGUAUCAAAGAAGAACCCCCUAGUCCCACCCGCAGCCCCCAGAUCGAGGAGGCCAGCCCCGGAAACCCUCCCGCUGUGGAAACCCCCCUCUCCCCCUCCACCUUCAUCGACUCCAUCCUGCAGGAGAACGAGCCCGGCGCCGCCACCACCACCCAAACCACCACCACCACCACCCCCACGGCGGCGGCCGGCGACAGCACCGCGCAGCCUCAGCCCCCCGAAAAGUGCCUCAGCGUCGCCUGCCUCGACAAGAACGAACUCAACGACCACCUGGACACCAUCGACUCCAACCUGGACAACCUUCAGACGAUGCUGACCACCCACGGCUUCAGCGUGGACACCAGCGCGCUCUUAGAUCUCUUUAGCCCUUCCAUGACGGUUACGGACAUGAACCUCCCCGACCUGGACAGCAGCCUGGCCAGCAUCCAGGAUCUCCUCUCGUCCCAGGAGCAGCAGAAACCCGCCGAGACGGAGGCCAGCGCAGCAGACACAGGAAAGCAGCUGGUGCACUACACGGCCCAGCCCCUCUUCCUGGUGGACUCCAGCGCGGUGGACAUGGGGAGCGGGGACCUGCCCAUCUUCUUCGAGCUGGGGGAAGGGCCCUAUUUCACGGACGGAGACGAGUACUCGGAAGAUCCCACCAUCUCCCUCUUGUCGGGGACUGAGCAGCCCAAACCCAAGGACCCUGCGAUAUCCUAAAGGGUUUAGGAGGAGAGGAAGAAUCCACACCUAAAGGGAAGAUCCCAGCCGUCAGCAGCCUCCUCGCUUCGCACAGACGUUGACAAAGCUCUAAACACCCUCUGGUUCGUGUUCGCUUCCCCCGGCACCGUGAGGAUUUCAUUUGUGUGUGUGCUUCAAUGAGGUGUUUUGAAAUCUGCUUUAGAUUCUCCAGCCACCCAGCGCUCCUCCGCUUUGGUGGCCGUUGCCUUGGGGAGGUG